GUAACAUUGACACAAUUGCUAAAUGCUCACACAGGUGUGUUUGUCCCCUCGACGCUUGGUGUAUGGACUUUACGAUGAAUUAUGAACGCAACGAGUACCGACCAACAUGGCGGCCCAGCGUAGGAAUUUGAUGCAGAGCCAUCAGAGCUGGACAGAUGACCUGCCACUGUGUCAGAUGUGCGGGGUUGGCACUGCAUCCAACUGUGUGUACGGCCCAGAUGGUAAAGGAACGCAGAGCCACACCAAUGAAGAUGGACACCUCAGGUUCAGAGGCGAGGACGGCUGUUUCCUGUAUGGGGUUUUUAACGGUUAUGACGGCAGCAGAGUGGCCAGUUUUGCCUCCCAAUGCCUGACAGCUGAACUGCUGCUAGGACAGCUGAACUCCAGUCACACAGACAACGACGUCCGCAGGAUCCUCACACAGGCCUUUGAUGUGGUGGAGAAGAGCUACUUUGAGACAAUAGAUGAUGCUCUGGCUGAGAAAGCUCGCCUGUCCAACUACCUCCUACCACACAAUGAGAAUGUGUCAUUCCAUCAUUCUUCUCAGAGUCAGAAGGUGCAGGACCGUCUGAAGGAGCUGGAGCAGGAGGUGUCAGGAGGCGCUACGGCCGUGGUGGCACUUAUCCUCAACAAUAAGCUCUUUAUUGCCAAUGUUGGUACCAACCGGGCACUGCUGUGCAAGUCCAGCAGCGACGGCCAGAACCAGGUCCUCCAGAUCGGCCGACCACACAGCACUGACAACGAAGACGAGCUGCAGAGACUGGCUGUGCUGGGUGUGGAUUCAGCUCGUGUAAGGCAGGCGGGGCAGAUUGCUGGUCAGAGCAGCACCAGGAGGCUCGGAGACUACAGAGUGAAGUUCAACCACAAUGAAAUCGACUUGCUCAGUGCGGCCAAGACGAGGCCAGUCAUUGCAGAACCAGAGAUUCAUGGCAGCCAGUCUUUGGAUAGUGUGACAGGCUUCUUGUUGCUGAUGUCAGAAGGUCUCAUCAAUGCCCUUGAGUCCGCCCACGGCCCCGAACAGGCCAAUCAGGAAAUUGUUGCCAUGGUAGCAGCAGAGCUGGCCCAGCAGACCAGUCUGGAGGCAGCAGCUCAGUCGGUGGUGGACCGCGUCAAACGGCUGCACCAUGACGUCUACGUGUCCGGCCGUCAGAGGGCGACCUACUGUUCACGGCAUGAGGACAUGACCCUGCUCAUCCGCACGCUCAACUACCCGCUGGCUGACGGAGCGCUCACGCCCACACAGGGUGGACGUAUCUACCCUGUGUCAGUGCCCUACUCCAACAGCCAGAGCACCAGUAAAACCAGUGUCACCCUCUCACUGGUCAUGCCCUCUCAAAGUACCCUCACCAAUGGAACCAACACUGCCUCCACGCUGGAGGAAGGCACCCCCACAUCAGGCAGUCAGAGCCCCACAGCCACCCUCCAGUCCACCAACACCCAGACGCAGAGCUCCAGCUCUAGCUCGGGAGAUGGAAGCCUGUUCCGCCAGAGGGGCAGCCAGGCGGCUCAACCCGACGAGACGGGCAGGGUCCCGCCUUACGUGGACUUCAGUCAGUUUUACCUCCUUUGGGGAAGUGACCACAGCGACAGCCAGAGCACCCAAGGGGGACUGGGACCCCAGUGAGGAGGACGAGGAGGGGUGCUGGGUGCCAGUUGGGAAGAGCUGGACUGGGUUUCUAGCAGCACAUGGAUUGAGAAGGGACAACGUUUUAAAGAGGUGGUUGUGAUGACUGAUAAAAUGUUUGUUAGGUAUCAUAAAGUUACUAAAAAAAGUGACCUAAAGGUGCAUGGGGAAGCAUGAUGGAAGGACUGGGGUUCUCAAGGCCAUGCCAGCAAACAGUGGGUGAAGCCAUUGGUGAAAGAAUAACCCUGAAACAGUGAGAAAAUGAUGCCACUGCACACCACAAUGAAUCAUGUUUGCUCCUCUGUAAUAGAUGCUGGUCAUGAGUGAUUGUGAAUAUAUGUAAUCCAGAUUGCAAUUGUCAGAUGUAAAAACAUGUAUCUACAAACCGCAAUCUCAUAGACUUGAGCGUUUGUGGGAUUGAGAAAGAUAACAUACUGUAAGGCCUUAAAGUGGAAUGGAUGGAUGGUUUUGAAAGUACUUUUUUAUUUCCAAUGAAAGUAUAUCUCCAAUU